AUGAAUGUGGUGGUGGCCAGGAGGGUGUGGAGGGGGGAUUGUAAUUCAUCGCGCGAUGCCUCCUGGUGGUCAGCGCAGAGCAGGUCGUGUGGCGAGAGCAUCUUCAUCAUCGCCGGCCGAGACUCGGCGCCGCUGAGUGGACACUUCGCGCCCUUGCUGAGAGCGUUCUUCCGCGACUUCCCCGACGAGCGGGGCGAAGCGAAGCGAGGCGAGGAGAACAGUCUGGAGGACCAGCGAAGGGCGAGGCGAGGAGAACAGUCUGGAGGACCAGCGAAGGGCGAGGCGAGGAGAACAGUCUGGAGGACCAGCGAAGGGCGAGGCGAGGAGAACAGUCUGGAGGACCAGCGAAGGGCGAGGCGAGGAGAACAGUCUGGAGGACCAGCGAAGGGCGAGGCGAGGAGAACAGUCUGGAGGACCAGCGAAGGGCGAGGCGAGGAGAACAGUCUGGAGGACCAGCGAAGGGCGGGGCGAGGAGAACAGUCUGGAGGACCAGCGAAGGGCAGGGCGAGGAGAACAGUCUGGAGGACCAGCGAAGGGCGAGGCGAGGAGAACAGUCUGGAGGACCAGCGAAGGGAGAACAGUCUGGAGGACCAGCGAAGGGCUAGGCUAGGAGAACAGUCUGGAGGACCAGCGAAGGGCGAGGCGAGGAGAACAGUCUGGAGGACCAGCGAAGGGCGGGGCGAGGAGAACAGUCUGGAGGACCAGCGAAGGGCGAGGCGAGGAGAACAGUCUGGAGGACCAGCGAAGGGCGAGGCGAGGAGAACAGUCUGGAGGACCAGCGAAGGGCAGGGCGAGGAGAACAGUCUGGAGGACCAGCGAAGGGUGAGGCGAGGAGAACAGUCUGGAGGACCAGCGAAAGGCGAGGCCAGGAGGUCUGGAGGACCAGCGAAGGGCGAGGCGAGGAGAACAGUCUGGAGGACCAUCGAAGGGCGAGGCGAGGAGAACAGUCUGGAGGACCAGCGAAGGGCGAGGCGAGGAGAACAGUCUGGAGGACCAGCGAAGGGCGAGGCGAGGAGAACAGUCAGGAGGACCAGCGAAGGUCGAGGCGAGGAGAACAGUCUGGAGGACCAGCGAAGGGCGAGGCGAGGAGAACAGUCUGGAGGACCAGCGAAGGGUGAGGCGAGGAGAACAGUCUGGAGGACCAGCGAAAGGCGAGGCCAGGAGGUCUGGAGGACCAGCGAAGGGCGGGGCGAGGAGAACAGUCUGGAGGACCAGCGAAGGGCGAGGCGAGGAGAACAGUCAGGAGGACCAGCGAAGGGCGAGGCGAGGAGAACAGUCUGGAGGACCAGCGAAGGGCUAGGCGAGGAGAACAGUCAGGAGGACCAGCGAAGGGCGAGGCGAGGAGAACUGUCUGGAGGACCAGCGAAAGGCGAGGCCAGGAGGUCUGGAGGACCAGCGAAGGGCGGGGCGAGGAGAACAGUCUGGAGGACCAGCGAAGGGCGAGGCGAGGAGAACAGUCAGGAGGACCAGCGAAGGGCGAGGCGAGGAGAACAGUCUGGAGGACCAGCGAAGGGCGAGGCGAGGAGAACAGUCAGGAGGACCAGCGAAGGGCGAGGCGAGGAGAACAGUCUGGAGGACCAGCGAAGGGCGAGGCGAGGAGAACAGUCUGGAGGACCAGCGAAAGGCGAGGCCAGGAGGUCUGGAGGACCAGCGAAGGGCGAGGCGAGGAGAACAGUCUGGAGGACCAGCGAAGGGCGAGGCGAGGAGAACAGUCUGGAGGACCAGCGAAGGGCGAGGCGAGGAGAACAGUCAGGAGGACCAGCGAAGGGCGAGGCGAGGAGAACAGUCAGGAGGACCAGCGAAGGGCGAGGCGAGGAGAACAGUCUGGAGGACCAGCGAAGGAACAGUCUGGAGGACCAGCGAAAGGCGAGGCCAGGAGGUCUGGAGGACCAGCGAAGGGCGAGGCGAGGAGAACAGUCUGGAGGACCAGCGAAGGGCGAGGCGAGGAGAACAGUCUGUAGGACCAGCGAAGGGCGAGGCGAGGAGAACAGUCUGGAGGACCAGCGAAGGGCGAGGCGAGGAGAACAGUCUGGAGGACCAGCGAAGGGCGAGGCGAGGAGAACAGUCAGGAGGACCAGCGAAGGGCGAGGCGAGGAGAACAGUCAGGAGGACCAGCGAAGGGCGAGGCGAGGAGAACAGUCUGGAGGACCAGCGAAGGGCGAGGCGAGGAGAACAGUCUGGAGGACCAGCGAAGGGCAGGGCGAGGAGAACAGUCUGGAGGACCAGCGAAGGCGAAAGGCGAGGCCAGGAGGUCUGGAGGACCAGCGAAGGGCGAGGCGAGGAGAACAGUCUGGAGGACCAGCGAAGGGCGAGGCGAGGAGAACAGUCUGUAGGACCAGCGAAGGGCGAGGCGAGGAGAACAGUCUGGAGGACCAGCGAAGGGCGAGGCGAGGAGAACAGUCUGGAGGACCAGCGAAGGGCAGGGCGAGGAGAUCAGUCUGGAGGACCAGCGAAGGGCGAGGCGAGGAGAACAGUCAGGAGGACCAGCGAAGGGCGAGGCGAGGAGAACAGUCUGGAGGACCAGCGAAGGGCGAGGCGAGGAGAACAGUCUGGAGGACCAGCGAAGGGCGAGGCGAGGAGAACAGUCUGGAGGACCAGCGAAGGGCGAGGCGAGGAGAACAGUCAGGAGGACCAGCGAAGGGCGAGGCGAGGAGAACAGUCUGGAGGACCAGCGAAGGGCAGGGCGAGGAGAACAGUCUGGAGGACCAGCGAAGGGUGAGGCGAGGAGAACAGUCUGGAGGACCAGCGAAAGGCGAGGCCAGGAGGUCUGGAGGACCAGCGAAGGGCGGGGCGAGGAGAACAGUCUGGAGGACCAGCGAAGGGCGAGGCGAGGAGAACAGUCUGGAGGACCAGCGAAGGGCGAGGCGAGGAGAUCAGUCAGGAGGACCAGCGAAGGGCGAGGCUAGGAGAACAGUCUGGAGGACCAGCGAAGGGCGAGGCGAGGAGAACAGUCGGGAGGACCAGCGAAGGGCGAGGCGCGUUGCAAGCGGCGCGACUGGGCGGGGGUGGCACGAGUACCAGAGGACCUUCCUCGCCCUCGAGGCCUGCCUAGUGGUGGGCGGGGGGGGGAGGGCAGUCAGGUACUGCACAGCUGGUCUGUCAGUGGAGGAGCAGAGAGCUCGCGUGUGGGUGGUCCUGCCUGUCACCCCGCCAGGCCAGUUGGAACAGUGCAGCGGCUCGCAACGCCGGGUCAUGUCGGCCCCCCUGACGCGCUCUUCGCCGUGUCAGCGGCUGGACCGGACACUCCCCCAUUACCCGGGCUGUGUCCUGUCCGCGGGCGACAGGAAUACCGCGGCGGUGGCGGGCCUGCCCAGACCCUCCGUCACCGCCGUCGCCGCUGACAACACUUCACCGUCUCCGGGCCACAGUGGCGCAAGCACCAGCUUCACGCAAUGCAUAGCCCCGUGCGCGCCCCUCCUGGCGGCGGCCGGACUGACUGCUAUUGACGGCUGUGUCGGGAAGCACGCCGCCCUGGCGGCUCCAGCACAGACCUGUCCGCUCCGAGCUGCUUCUGCUUGUCCACUCUCCCCCCCUGCCACCAUUGUGAGCCACUGGGCCAGCGGGGAUAUCCUGUGUCCCGUCGCCGUCAGCUCGCGAGAGCGGGAGCUGUUCUUUGUGCACGCGAGGACACAACACGACAGCGCGCUGCGAGGUACCGCCGGCACCUCAGUGUCAGUUCGCGGCCUGCAGAACGGCGCGGUGCGCUACCAGUCGUGCGUGUGGAGCGGGCCGAACGUCUUGCGUCCUCGACAUGCAAAACUAUUUCCUACCAACUAUGAAAAACAAAAAGGGCACUAG